AUGGAUACGGAAUGUACAUGUUAAGGUUGGUACCAUGAUAAGGGCUGCACUCUCUCGUGGGCCCGGGUUUCACCAAAUCCGCUGUAUUAUACCCACUGUUAAUCCAUUUGUCCAUAUCAUUUUAGAGCAUGAGCCUAAAAACAGAACACAUUCAAAGUUCAAAUGGACUACACCACAGAAACCAGUGGAGGGCAAACAAGCUACCGUUGAAACCUUCUUAGGGACUUUUUUUUGCCAUCUGAACUGUUAAUAUAAGUUCUUCCAAAUGAAUUGACAUUGAGCCCCUCAUUUGCAUUUUGAGAGCUCAUUUCCACCCAUUUUCUUUUUCCCUCCACAGACAUGGAGUGCAUCAGCCAAAUCAUCAACAUAAUAACUAGAUGGUGGGAUCCAAUCGCUCGUCCCAUCAUUGAGCUUCAAGACAGCUUCAGCUCCCUAGAGGAAGCUAUGGAAGAAUUGAAAUGCGUGAGGAAUGACGUGAAGACAAGGGUGGAUGUCGCUGAGUGGGAGCUGCUCAAAUGCAAGGACGAGGUUCAAUUUUGGCUGAAAAAGGUAGAAGAAGCCGAAGGAGAAGUGAAUGCAAAGGAAGAAACUUUCAAGCAAAUGAUGAGGUGUCUUUGGAAUUGCCAUCCAAAUUGUUGGUCGGCCUACAGGCUUGGCAAGUGGGUGGAGAAGAAGCUGAAGGAUGUAGCUGUGCUGAAGAGCAAAGGUGAUUCCUUCAAAGAGGUGGCGAACAAGCAGCUUCCCGAUGCUGUUGAAGAGAAGCCUCUUAGAUUAGCUGUGGGCAGGGACAUGGUGUUGGAGAAGGUUCUAAACUGGAUUGGCCAAGGCAAAGUGGGAAUUAUUGGAAUAUAUGGAAUGGGGGGUGUGGGGAAAACAACACUACUGAAUAAUAUCAAUAACCAAUUCCUUAAAAGAAACGAUGAUUUCAUUGUCGUGAUUUGGGUUGUGGUGUCUAAAGAAUUAAAUGUGGGAAAGAUUCAGAUGGAUAUUGGCAAGCGAUUGGGCUUGCCUUGGGCAGAGAAUGAAAGCUACAGCGAGACACGGGCUCAUAACAUUCGCAAGGUCUUGAGCAGUAUGAAAUUCAUUCUAUUGUUGGACGAUAUUUGGGAAUGGUUGGAUCUAGAUCUGGUUGGAAUUCCUCAUCCAAGCAGCCAAAACAUGAGCAAGGUCGUUUUCACUACACGAUUUGAGGACGUCUGUGGACACAUGGCUGUGGACAAGAAGAUCAAAGUAGAAUGUCUCCUAGAGCAAGAAGCAAUGAAUCUAUUUCUACGGAAUGUUGGUGAAGAGGCCAUGAGAUCCCAUCCGGAGAUACCGAUCCUGGCCAAUAGCGUCGCUAAAGAGUGCAAGGGUCUGCCCCUUGCGCUCAUCACCAUCGGGCGGGCUAUGGCAUGUAAGAAGACACCACAGGAAUGGAAGCAUGCAAUAUCAGUUCUGAGCACAAGCAAGCCACCAUCGGAGAUAUCGGAGGACUACUCCAUUCCCAAAGAAAAACUAAUAGAUUACUGGAUAGGCGAAGGAUUCUUAGAUGAGUGGGAUGAUGAUCUUGAUGAAGCCCAUAACAAGGGACAUGAUAUCAUUGGAAGAUUAAAGGCUGCAUGUUUGUUGGAGACUGGUUCUGAUGAAAAAACACAGGUAGAGUUGCAUGAUGUGAUUCGUGAUCUGGCAUUAUGGAUAGCUUCAGAGUGCGGGAAGAAGAAGAAUAGGUUUUUGGUGAGAGCUGGCAUGGGACUGACGCAUGCACCGGUGGUUGAGAGGUGGAAGGAGGCCGAGAGGAUAUCUCUAAUGAAAAAUGACAUAAAAGAAGUAACAGAGACACCUCAAUGCCCCAACCUAUUAACCUUGAUGCUCCAAUUGAAUUGGAAUUUUGGAAAGGUCCACACAGAUUUUUUUCGGUUCAUGCCUCUUCUUAGGGUCUUGGAUCUGUCAAUGUCUAGGAUAGUAGAGCUUCCUGCAGAGAUCGGUAAGUUGACAGAGCUACGGUAUCUCAAUCUAUCUCACACGGAGAUCACAUCAUUGCCUGAAGAGAUAGGAAAUCUGGUGAAGCUGAAGCAUUUGGAGUUGGAUGCUGUAUUUACUUUGGGCAGAAUUCCUCGAGGGGUAAUCUCCAGGCUUUCUGAGUUAAGAGUGCUAAAACUAUUUGGAAGUUAUUCAAAGUGGGAAGAAGGGAGUGAGGGAUUAAAUAUGAGUGAGUUGGAAGGCUUGGAACGUUUAAUCCAUCUUGGAAUCACCGUAUCAUCCCUGCAUGCUCUUGAAAGGUUGCUCUGCUCAAGCAAGCUGCGGAACGUGGCUCGGUAUCUAAGUCUGCACAAUUGUGAGGAUCUAUCUCUCUCCAACCAACUAUCAUCCCUUUUUACUGCAAUGAAAAGUCUUCAACGGCUUACUUUUAACGGCUGCAAUGGGUUGGUGGAGGUGACAAUUAGUGCGGAUGCGAAGAAGGAUGACGAUUAUCCUGUUUCGAGCCUAGAAUGGCUCCAACUUUUUAAACUCUCCCACUUAAAUUGCAUUCAGGUGGGCCCCGGAUGCUUCAGAAACCUUCACACCAUAGUGAUUGCGUCGUGUGGCAAGUUGAAGAAAAUUUAUGGUUUACUACAACUUGAAAGUCUUGAAUUAAUUUUUAUAAAAGAUUGCUAUGAGCUAGAAGAAGUAAUAGGUAGGGUCAUUCCUGAUGAUGAAGUUGGAGAUAUGGGGCUAAUGCAACUAAAACGUAUAUCACUCUACAACCUUUCAGAACUAACGAGCAUCUGUACCUGUGCACUGCAUUUUCCUUCCUUGGAGGAAAUCGAAGUCUUUGGUUGCCCAAAGUUGAAAAAGCUCCCUCUUUCUCUCCAUAGCGCACACAAUUCUCUAAGGAAGAUACGUGGCAGGAAAGAAUGGUGGGAUAAUUUAGAGUGGGAAGAUGGCAUCAAGUCCAAUUUUCUUCCUUUUUUCGAUGAAUGGAAUUACUGAGAGUCAUUGUCAAAGUAGAAAUCCUUUUUAAUAGUUAUUUCUUAGGAUGUUAGAGAAAUUUUGAAAAGGAGUUUGAAUUUUUCUUAGAUCAAGUGUGCUAUGUAUUUUUAUCAGUUUUAAUGUGUG